GAUCGUCCAUUUCGAAAGAAAGAAAAAAAAAAAAAGAGGACUGCAAGGAGCGCCGUUCCAUUCUCUAUUUUGUAAGUUUUGUUGGCUCUUAUGCCUAUGGCCACCAUUCCGUUGUCAUCUGACAAGACUGACAAGACUGACAUUGUGCAGGUAACACACACGGCGCUGCUUACGGCGGAUAUCGUCAAGAGGAUUAUCUCCCCGAAAAUAAAUGAGCCCAUGUCUGCUUUCCGCAGAAUCGUUUGCCAGCUUAUGCUCUUCUUCCAGCAGACUUACCAGACAGUUUUCAAUUUUGAGGAUCCGCCGCUUCAUGACCCAUGUGCAGUUGCAUACGUCGUUGCGCCGGAGCUUUUUCAGACGGAGCGACUUCGUGUUGACAUUGAGACGACAAGCGCAUUAACGAGCGGACAGACGGUUUGCGAUAUUUGGCGCCAGAGCGGCCUGUCUCCGAAUGUGGCUGUGGUUCAGUCCAUGAACAUUCCAAAGUUUUGGGAUCUGGUGAUCGCCGCAAUAGACAAGGCUGACAGGGUGAGUCACUGCAACAGGCCUUGACUUGAUUGCCCUUGGAGGACAUUUUGAGUUCACCUGAAAGUCAAAAGUGCGCGAUUGGAUGUCACGACUGCCUCAGACUUUGUUUUUCUGGAGAUUGAUUUGGAUAUAAAUUGAAAGUGAGAAGUGGGGUGUCGCCUGUGCUUCGCACUGGCAAAAAUUAUGUGGAGACACAGACAGACCUCAGACUUUUUUGUGAGGGGAUGCAUGGUCCGGAGAAAGAAGAUAAAAGAGUCCUCACACUUGCGUGGGGGCACAACCCGGAAGAAGACCUGUAUUUAUUCGCCAAACUAAACAAAAGUUUUUCAAGAACUGUGACGACUACUUUGCGGAUCAAUCCAGUCGCCACCUAUUAACCAUCCGUCUGUGGAAUCGCGACUUAGGUUAGACGGGGCAAAUGUUUCAUUUGCAGGGUUAAGAAGAGGUUGGGGGGGGGUGAGAGGAGAGGGCGAGUCAGUGAGGCACCUAGCUAAGGGAGGGAGGGAAUGGAUUCCUGUGAGGUGAUGUAAAGAGGGUUGGAACAGGGUAAUAAGAGGUAGGGUUCAGUUUGUCUUUCACCUAAUGAAUGCGACUUUGUAAG